GCUUUAGUCAGACGGGGCGGGUAACCUUAACAAGGUGGGGACAUCACCAGGCAUCCGUGACGCUACCUGACCACAUUUCAGACGGUCUUUCGACUGCAACGGUUCCUUCGUAACCCAUCGACACAUAGAUAUACCUACGCAAUCAGACUCCCGCGACCGAACACUUCAAUCCCUGGUGCUUCCCCGGUCCGCACACCUCGACUGCCCAUCCAUCACCCCCCCGUUCUCAACACCCCCGAACGCACCUUCCCGCUGUCGCGCCCGAUGCAAACGUCACCACCCGCACGCUGAACCGUGGGUCAUAUAAGAAGCCGCCGUGCUCAAGAUGGGCGUGAACGAAACGAGAAAGAGACUGCUGCGGCAGCUGAACACCCGCUACAUCUGGGGCAAAUAUCCGCUUCUCCACGCAAUCAUCUUCGCCGUUGAACUCACCAUGAUCACCGUCUUGGUGCGCAAGUUCAAUGCUUACUACCUGAACCGGCCGGUGCUUACUACCAUGAUCACCAACGCCGUACUCGGUGGAAUAGCAGACACAGUAGCCCAAACACUCACAGCGCUCCGCCAGCGCCAGCGACAGAUCGCCCUCAACUCCGAAACCGACGACCGAGACGACUACUCCGUGGAGAUUGAGAUUGACGACUUCGACCCCAAGAAGGUGCCGUGGCCGGAGAACAACUUCAUGCUGCCUCCGUCCAAACGAGGGCCGCCGCCAUUCGACUUCGAGCGCUUGAUACGAUUCAUGGGGUACGGGUUCUUGUGGACUCCGGCGCAGCAUAGGUGGUAUGGAUUUCUCGAUCACACUUUCUCCGGCCGCGGCGGCUCGGCGACGGCGAGCACAUUGAAGAGAGUGGCCCUGGAUCAAUUUCUGUUUGCGCCGGUCGGUCUGGCAGCCUUCUUCAGCUUCAUCACGAUCGCAGAAGGCGGCGGCAAACGCGCGCUCGCACAGAAGUUCCAGGAAGUCUACAUUCCAGCGCUCAAGGCGAAUUACAUUGUUUGGCCGGCGGUGCAGCUGUUCAAUUUCGGGGUGGUGCCUAUUCAAUUACAGAUUCCAUUUGUGAGCACGAUAGGUAUCGCCUGGACGGCUUAUUUGUCCCUAAGCAACUCGGCGGACGAACCGCUCGCGACGCCUUCGCAUUCACCGAUCGAACCAAUGACACCGUGACUGACGGACCCUUAGCUUUGCUGGUACUUGUAUCGACGCUAUCUGCGAGGCGUUAUAGCGGGAUGGUGUCGAUCAAUGGGAUUUUGCGAGGCGUUGGGGUUGUUUCAGGGGUGGCCAUAUUUUGUUUACAUGAUGAAGGGUUCUAUGUUCACGAGCAUUGUCACCAUACACGAUUCAGUUCACGGUUCAUCCUUCGUGUAAUCGUAUUUGCUGUCUUCUGCUUGGUGGCCAGCUCUCGGGCUGCCAUGCACACUAGCAACUCAACCCCUCCAACUGA